AUGCCUGCGGCCGAGCCCACAGCUGUCGAAAAGCCUUCAACGUCAGCUACAGUGACGACGACACCGUCAUCACCAACAUCCACAACCACGCCCUCCCGCGACCACAAUGCCAGCUCCCCAGCGGCUGAUAGUAGCGAGAACGAAAAGGGCGGAAGCAGUUCCCCCACGGUAGUGGAAGUCGGACGGGAUGAUGUCGAAGCACAGCAAGAGAACCCGGACCAGGGCUGCCCUCUGCCACCCGCCGACACAGGCAAAGACGCAUGGCUGUUCCUGGCUGCCUGCUUCGUGAUGGAGGCCAUGGUAUGGGGCUUUCCCUUUGCAUUCGGCAUCUUCCAGGAGUACUACCGCACCCACGAGCCCUUUGCCGGCUCGUCCAAGACGGCCAUCAUCGGAACCUGCGCCAUGGGCAUCAUGUAUCUCGAUGCCCCUCUCGUCUUUGCGUUUGCGCGCAUCUUCCCCAGGGCUGGGCGCUGGAAUCCCACCGUCGGCCUGCUCAUGAUGUGCGCCGCCCUCGCCCUCUCGUCCUUUUCCGAAACGACGACGCACCUCAUCCUCACACAAGGCGCCCUGUACGGCAUUGGUGGCUCCAUCGCCUACAACCCCUGCCUGAUGUACGUGGACGAGUGGUUUGACCGCCGCAAGGGACUGGCCUUUGGCCUCAUGUGGUCCGGGACCGGGCUCGGAGGCUUCACCAUCCCGCUGGUGCUCGAGGCGUUGCUGCAGCGGUACGGCUUCCGAGUCACGUUGCGCAUAUGGGCCGUUGCCCUCUUCGCCUUCACCAUGCCGCUGGUGUACUUUGUCAAGCCCCGUCUGCCGCCUGCCAUGACGGCUCACAUCAAGCCGCUGGACUGGAGCUUCAUGAAGAACCGCGUCUUUGCCCUGUACCAGCUGGGCAACGUCCUCGAGGGCCUGGGCUUCUUCCUGCCGGGCAUCUUCCUACCCACGUACGCGCGAGACGUGCUUGGGGCCAGCUCGUUUGCCUCGGCAGCGACGCUGUUGGUGCUCAACGCGGGAUCGGUCGUGGGACCCAUCACGAUGGGAACUCUGGUCGACAGGCUGCAUGUCACGACGUGCAUCUUGAUCUCCACCGUGGGAGCAGUUUGCGGCGUCUUGCUGCUGUGGGGGCUGGGCUCCAACAUUGGGAUCCUGUACGUCUUCAGCCUCGUCUACGGCAUCUUUGCCGGGUCUUUCACGACGUCGUGGCCGGGCAUCAUGAGGCACGUCCUCAAGGCUGCGACAGCCGCCGACAUGGGAGCGUCCAGCGCCGAGGACCGGUCUGGCAGCGUCGGCACCAGCAAGUAUGACCCUCUCAUGGUGAUUGGGUUCCUGUCCAUCGGCAGAGGCGUUGGGAACAUUGCAUCGGGCCCGCUGAGCGAGGCUCUGGUGAGGGGGAUGCCAUGGCAGGACCAGGCAAUCGGAGGGUACGGCAGCGGAUAUGGCGUCUUGAUUGUCUUUACGGGUGCGACGGCGUUGCUGGGAUGCGUAGUAUAUCUGUAUCACAGAAGCCGAUCAUGA